UCAAAUUAAUUUUUUUCACUUUCAUAAAUGCUUUAAAAUUCCAAUUGAGCGCGCACCUGUCAUACUUUUCGGAAAUGACCUUAAAAUUUCUGUAAUACUCCUUUCAAUUAACAAUCUAGCAUCGCCGGUGCCUUAGCAACUGUACUUUCAUUUUCAAGUCAUAAAGAAGUUUAUAUACACACAAGCACACAAAAAUGGGUGACCACGAUAAAGCACGAGAUAAAGCAGCACGUCUGUUGAAGAAACAAGGCAGCAUGUCAUCACUGGCCAGCACAGACAUUCGACAUGAUAACAGACAUCAUAAACACGGGCCCAGUUCGAUGAGCACAGUAUCAUUUAUGGAUGAACCCGGUCAUGAGGAUCACUUCAAACCACAAGUGAAACAAGAAAACACAUACCAGCUGGAGCCAAGGAAGAAAUUCCCUUCUUCUAAAGUAAAACACAUCAUUCAUGAUGUUCUAGAGAGUUAUUUAGCUGAAGAGAAAUAUGAACCGGAACUGUGUAGACAAAUGUCGAAAACAAUUUCUGAGGUGAUCAAAGCAAGAGUAAAAGAAAUGAUGAUUCCACGCUUUAAGGUGAUCUGUUUAGUGCAUAUAGGUCAGUUGAGUAGCCAGGGUCUACGUGUUGGUAGUCGGUGUUUGUGGGAUGAUAAAUAUGACACUUUCUCAACAUCAGAGUUCAGGAAUAGAUCAAUAUUCGCUAUAGGUAGUGUGUAUGGCGUGUACUACGAGUAGACUUACAACAAUGACGGACAGGAAGUAGCCAACAGUACACAGUUGCAAUGAAAUUCACAUCACUACAGGUGUUAAACAAGGUUAUUUUAACUAUAGGACGUACAUAUCUUUCAUUUAAAAUUAAAGCAUUCAUAUGCGAGUUCUUUAAAGUACACUCCUUAUAAAACACUUGCUCUAAUUUAAAAAAUAUGUAGAGCAAAAUAGCAUGUACAUUUGUAUAAUUAUAUAUACCGAUGAAGUUCUUGAAUAGCUACUUAUUAGCAACUUUGAGUUUUCUAAUUGUUAUUAAGACAUUGAGUCUUUCAAUUUAUUAAUUUUGUUAAGAUUCUUCUUUUGUUGAGAUUCUUCUGGUGCAAAAUAGUUACAGCUUUAUCUGAGCACCAAAUUCUUAAUAUUAUUUAUCUUUAACCAUGAACUAAAAUAGGAGACUACCACAUCAAUAUCAUGGAAUAAAUAUUUAUCACUCAUAAUAAUUAGUGUUCAGGUUUAUAAUAUUAUCAAUCUUUAACAUCAAACAUUUUGAUACUUUAUUGUGCAUACAUAUUUAUGAGAGAACUGAUAUAAUUAUCAAAUGUACUCUAAAAAUUUUACGUUUAUUUAAAGGUAUAUUGUCUCAUUUAAUGACACCAACUGCUGUUAUUUUCAUUUUUUUUAAUAAUAAUGAAUGUGUUUGCUUUGAUUAGAAAUAAAUUAUAUUUAUCAAAAUUUAUUGGUAUAGUAAUAUGAUAUAACUAACAGUAUUAUAAACCCAAUUCAACUUGGCCUUGAGAGUAUUCUAAUUUUGGUGUAAAGUAUGAAAAAUUCUGCAUGUUUUUAACCAUAAUACAGUGAAUGCUUUAAGCCUUUUUUGCAUAUUGAAUUCCAUGUCUUGUUGUUUUUGGUUUUCUUUCUGUCUAGAUAUCAUCACUUAUUCCAUUUUUACUGUCAACUCAUUGCAAGAUAUAUUAAUCAGGUGUAUUGACCAUGAUAUAAUUGAAAUUGACUUUAAUUGUUUAGUGAAAUGUUCAUUUAUUUUGAACUUUUGCGAAAUCAUAGGGAAUUUUUAUAUGAAAAUUAACCAAUAAUCAAAAAGAAAUUGUCAUUUUACAUUAAAAAAAGAUUUGUUACAUUUUGAUCUGAUUAUUGAAUCAAAUUAUUUUCUUUUUUUCUGUAGUUCCGCAGUGUUCAUUUUACUUUUUAUAUAAGGACAGAACUUUGUUUUUUGUAAGCUAUUUAUAUCUGUGAUAUCAAUCCUGCAAAGGGAGGUAACUUGAUCAUAUGUGUUACAUUUCAUAUAUUGACAUUGAUAUAUAUACAUGUAUAGCUAGAUUGUUGAAUAUUAUAUUCUUUAGUGAUAAUCAAAUUGUUUAUGUGUUCAAGUGUGUGGACAAGCAGCAUCUGAAUUGGAAGCUGUCUAAAACUCUAAAUGUGUAUUUGAAUUAUUUAUAUGGUUCUGAAAUGUGGGGAUUUCUCUUUCUUUCUUUUUUUAAUUUUUAUUUUCUAUCUUACAAAAAUGUAAUACUUAAAAACAUCUCAUUUAUUUGAAGAACAAUAAAAAUCUCUGAUUAUUUUUGUAACAAUUGUAAAACUUUUCCUAAAUAGUGUAAAUCUAUAUGAAAAAAGAUCUGAUAUUUUUAUCUUAAUACCUCAUCAAUUUUAGUUAUUCCCAUCAGACACAUGUUUGUUAAUUCAGUUGAAAAAUCAGAUACUGUAGCAAUAUAGAAUAGAUAUUCCUUCAAGUGCUUCAUGUUUGCUGUUAAAGUUUAUAUAUCACAUUUAUAUAGCUCAUAUUUUUAUGUUUAUUAUAUUCAUUUUACACUCAUUCUUUAUCCAUUUCUUCUGGAUAAACAAGUAUGCUAGUUGCUCCAUAAUUAUAUGCAAACAUCUAUAAUUGCCUGCUCAUGUAUUGAUUUAUAUGUUGUAUAUGAAAAUCAUGUUUAGAUUGAGUAUUCGGAGACCAGAGAUAGUAAUUAUACUUGCGCCCACAUUGGUCUAAACAUCUAGUGUUGGGUGCUUUCAUACCUCGUACUGAAGGUAUUCUUGGUUUUUUUUAGGUCAUAUUCGUAGAUCAAGAUAUAAGAUUCUAAAUCUUGGAUGGAUUUUUUCUGCAAUGUACCACUUUAUAAUUUUAUGUUAAGACAUUCAUGCAAGCUGUUUAUCCUUAACUUCUGAUGGAAGUCACUUGCGUUUUACAAACACCAAAAAACAAUGUUCAUCCACUUAUGUAAAAUUUUGUUGUUAAAUAAUGAAAAUCAAAUAUCAUUUUGGUCAUGAACAAACUUUUUUCUUUCAGUUCACUAGUAAAUCAAAAUCCUUUAUUAUAACAUCUUUUUAAUCAAAACUACAGACUGGUCAACAGGUGUGACUAGUUUAUUCACAUUUCUUUUUUACUUAUUGUGUUCUAAAUGAAGUCUUCAUUUGUGUAGAAUAAAACUAAAAAUUAUAGAUUUUUUGAACUUCCGAAAAAAGUUACUGGGACUAAGAGUGUUUAAAUGUGUAUCUUUAAUUUCACGCCAUGUUCUGUGUUAUAUCAUUUGAAAAGAUUUUUACUAAAAAUAGAUUCUAUGAAAUAAUGUUUCUAUUUCAUUAUCAUUAGGUAGUAGUACUAGGAAAAUGUUAUGGUUUUGGAAACAUUGUUAUCUUUACAUCAGAUGUGUGAUUCUUAAUGUUUUUGUUUAUUCUGAAAUACUGUAAAAUAGUGUCAAUUUGUGGAUAUGUAAUUUAGUUGAAUAUGCUUAUGAAUGCAGAUUUGUUUCAUAUUCUAUAUUGAAGUGAAACUAUUGUACUUGCACACAAUUGGGCAAGAUGAAAAUAUUGUCUGUUCAUAUGCUUUAAUAGUUGAUGGUGUAAUAGAAUAAGUUUGGCAGGAACUUUUUUCUCUAAUCUGUUAAAAUAUACAAAUCAAAAUUUAGAAAACCAGCAGUUUUGUGUAUUCAAAUUGAGUUCUAUGAAGAGAGAAGACUUCAUUCACAAAUAUUACAUUAUUAUACAGUAUCAAAACCUUUUAUAAUGGUGGAAGCAACAUUUUAGGAUGAGAAAGUACAAGCAGUGUAUAGUUAUAAUGAUGUGAUAUUGUUAUUUACAGGUGAAUGCAGCAUCAAGAUUUAUUUAAUUCAAGAUCAUGAUAUAAUACUGCUGCUUAAUUAACAACUUUGGGUAAAAUUUAAAUAUCAAAAACUUGAAAACCAGUCUAGCUUGUGAGAUGUUCUACUUUCAAUUCUAUGUCAUAUUAUGCAAUAAUUAUAUGAGUUUUCUAUUUAUAUAUAUUUUCUAUUAAUUUUGUUUAUGAUUCAGAGCUUCUUUACAAUUGUAAAAUGCUUUACAACUUUAUAAAAUAAAUUUAUUUAUCAAAAGUGUU